UUUAUUUUUUAUUUCCCCCAAGCCGCCCUACGCCCUUCCGCCUCCUCUCAUUUCUUUUUCCUUUUUUUUCCCCAAGCCGCCCCUACGCCUCCCAGAUGGGCUCUGCAGGCGAAGGCGGAGAAGUCGACGGCGUCACACCCGGCGGAGAAGGAGGCGGCGGAGCAGCACAAGCAGGAGAGGAUCGACGAAGCCGAGGCCACCAAGCGGGAGGCGGUGACGGAGCGCCACCACGACGCUGCCGCCGCUGCCGCCGCCGCCGCCGCCGCCCGCGGUGGCGGUCAUGUUAUCGGGUGCCAGGCGGCGGGAGGGUACGUGGAGCCCGGCGUGGCGGAGUCGCAGCCGAUCGCCAUCGCGACGGGGAUGGUGCGGCCGUCGGCGGCGCACAACCCCCGCGUCGGCAGCGAACACCCGGAGCCCCGUGGUACCGGCAAAGGAUACACUUGAACUGAACUAAGGCGUCGGUUCCGGCUGGGGAGAGAAUAUAUAGGAAGAGCCAAAGGGAGAAGAGAAGGCCUACGCCGACACCUAAGCCGAUGCCGACGUCAGGACUCACCAGAAUGCUGGUCUUCCUCGGCGG